UGUUAUAUCUGAGCAUGUGCAGCACUGCUAUAUUGAACAUUAUUGUCUCCGACUGUUCGACAUGUCUAACUGUCUCCAGCGGUAGGACCAACAGAACAGCCAUGUUUUUGUUCAGAAGGUUCUCCAAUCUGAUGACCGGCUUGUUAAUCUACGCCAUCAUAACGUCAUUCGUUAUUGUGUUCUACGUUUUACUGCCCGUCCGCGUCGGGCUAAACACAGGGUCUGUAUACAAGCUAGGAUCCAGGGAGAUCAAAGACUAUGGUGUCGUCAGGCUCCAGCAAAGUGAAACCAACGACAAACUUGUUAUGGUCGACCAUCACGAUCAUGAAUUCAGUCCAGAGAAUAACGUAAACAUCUGUGAGAUAUUCGAUGUAAUAAAGUCGGUGGACCCUACAGCAAGUACUCUGAACUCGAAUCUGUUUUGUGACGAGUACGCUAAUUCCACUGACCUAGCGUGCAGACGAUUCUACUUCCAGAACGGACUCCCAGAGAAUGGGAUGUGCAAGAGGACCAGUAAAGAUAACGUGGUACCCAAAAUUGUGUACUAUGUCAUAUUUGGGGCCUACACGUUCAAAUUCUGGGAGUAUGUUAGCGUGAUGAGUGCGAAGAAGUUCAUCAACCCGACGGCUAUAUACGUGAUAGCCGACGCCCAUCCCUUGGGGUACUGGUGGCAGCGCGUGCUCAGUGACGUCACAGGAGUAAGAUUUAUUUACCGGGAGAGGCCAAAGAUCGGCAAUUCCACUGUCAAGUGGAAGCAUCACCUUUCAGAUCUAGUCCGGCUCCAGAUGCUGUUAGCGAACGGUGGGAUAUAUCUGGACACGGACAUGGUGGUGGUUCGGUCGCUGGACCCUCUGCGUCACAACGACAUCACGAUGGGCCUUAUCGAGAACGGCACCGGCAUGGGCAACGCCCUCAUCAUGGCGCGGCGGGGCUCGCCCUUCGUCAGGGAGUGGUACGAGAACUACAGCAACUACAAGAGCGACCAGUUCUACAGGAACUCGCUGCACGUGCCCAGAGACAUGUGGAUCAGAAACCCGAAAUCCAUUCACCUGGAGUCGGACAGAUUUUACAGACCGAACUGGUUCGAAGCGGACCUUCUAUUUAAAAAGACAGAUUAUCCGUGGAGGAACAACUACGCAAUACAUGUUUGGACCAAUGGGAAUCCGGUUCCCAAAAGUCCGGAAGUCCUGCGUAAAUUAAACACUACCAUUGCGCAGGUCUUCCGGCAUGUGCUUUACGAUGACCCCGAGAUCGAAGGUCAUUCAUGAUGUAGUGCGGGGUAUUCUCAAGCUGCUUGGCUCACGAUUCCUCAAAUAAUUCAUUUUAUGGGUUACACAUCGUUCCAGUGUCUGCUUUACGCAGUAGAUUAAUCAAAUAAUUCAUUUUGCGGGUUACACAUCGUUCCAGUGUCUGCUUUACGCAGUAGAUUAAUCAAAUAAUUAAAUUUUCGGGUUACACAUCAUUCCAGUGUCUGCUUUACGCAGUAGGCUACGUAAAAGUUUAUUGCAUUCAUUUGGAACACCUUUCCAGAGGAACUUGGAGAAUGUGCACAAGACUAAUGUGUUUAAAUCUUCAGUUGACUCAUUCCAUUGUAUCAGUUCAUUGGAUGCAUUGUGACACUGGUUGUGUGUGCGUCCGUGUGUCACUGUCUGAACUAAUACCUACUUUAAAGGGACAUUCCUGAGUUUGCUGCAAUUUUAGAGAUGUUAUCGACUAACAUUUUAACAAUUGUAAUCACAUAUCAAAUUUAUUUUGCUGCAUAAACUAUUAGUGGCUGUAUAUUA